AUGCUCUCGAAUGCUUGCAUCGUAGGUUUCAAGAGGUUUGUGUUAAUAACCGUAUCAAUAUGCAGAGAUGGACACCCGCUGGGAUGGCCGAAAAAUGGCUUCCCGGCGCCGCAAGGUAGAUAUUACUGUGGUGUGGGCGCCGACAAAGCGUACGGCCGUGAGCUCGUGGAUGCACACUAUCGAGCGUGCUUAUACGCUGGACUGCAGCUUUUCGGCAUUAAUGCAGGUAAAUAG